UAAACAAUAGUGUAACUGUGUGAGUUGUUCAACAAACCUGCGCCGUUCUCCCUCCCUCCCUCUCUCUGCGGCGGCGACUCUCUCUCUCUUCGGCGGCGAUCAGCAGACGUCCGUCUCUCUCUCCCGGCAACAGGCUAAAGCUUAUAUUUCGAGUUAUUAGACGGGAAGUAAGGCACUCGAUUUCUGCAAUCUUCUCAUUGAACCAUAAUGGCGGCCUUCAAUCUUGUUGCGAAUAUGUAUGACCCAGCUUUGAAGCCACGCUUGCUACACAAGCUUCUCAGAGAGCAUGUGCCGGAUGAUAAGCGGACGUUUCAUGAUCACUCGGAACUCUCAAAUGCGGUUUCUAUGAUCAAAAUCCACAAUCUCCUCUCCGAAUCUUCGUCUUCCAAGGACCAAAAGCUGAUAGAUAGCUGGAAAUCCGCCGUUGAUUCCUGGGUCGACCGCUUGUUUCUUCUUCUCUCUAAUGACAUGCCUGAUAAAUGUUGGGCGGGAAUCAUUUUACUGGGAGUGACUUGUCAACAAUGCAGCUCUAGUCGUUUCUUGGCAUCAUAUACAGAAUGGCUUCAGAAACUUCUACCUCACAUUCAGACAGAUUCUCAGUUUCUCAAGGUGGCUGCUUGUGCUUCAGUCUCAGAUUUAUUCUCAAGGUUGAGUAGAUUUCAAAAUGUAAAGAAGGAUGGGACUUCUUGUGCUGGGAAGAUCAUCCAACCAGUUCUUAAGCUGUUGCAUGAUGAUAAUUCAGAAGCUGUUUGGGAGGCUGCAGUUAAUCUAUUACACACUCUGAUAGCUUUCUUUCCCUUUACAGUCCAUCGUCAUUACGACUCUGCUGAAGCUGCAAUUGUUUCAAAAAUCUUUUCAGGGAAGUGUAGUUUCAAUAUGCUGAAGAAGCUUGCCCAUUGCCUUGCAUCUCUUCCAAAAUCAAAAGGAGAUGAAGAUAGCUGGUCUUUACUGAUGCAGAAGAUUUUGUUAUCAAUUGAUAAUCACUUGAAUGAGGCCUUCCAAGGCAUUGGUGAAGACUCAAGGGGGAGUGAAGUUGUAAGGUUACUCAUUCCACCAGGGAAAGAUCCUCCACCACCUUUAGGCUGUAAUUCACUGCCAGGAGGUUCCUUUGACAAAAUAACAAAGAGCUCAGAGAGAUUGUUGACAUCUAGCAUAUCAACCUUGAUGUUUUGCUGUUCUACAAUGAUAACAAGUUCAUACCCCCAUCAGGUGGCAGUUCCAAUUCGCCCUCUAUUAGCUCUUGUUGAGAGAGUGCUGAUGGUGGAUGGCUCUUUGCCACCCACGUCAGUGCCAUUUAUGACUUCUCUGCAGCAAGAGUCAAUCUGUUCAGAACUUCCAACAUUACAUUCAAACUGUUUGGAUCUUCUCAUUGCCAUCAUUAAGAGUCUUCGCAGUCAAUUGUUACCAUAUGCUGCAUCUAUUGUGCGUCUCAUUGUAAAGUACUUCAAGAAGUGUGUCUCUGCAGAAUUGAGAGUAAAGGUUUAUGCAGUUGCCAAGUUAUUGAUGAUGUCUUUGGGCGUUGGAAUGGCUGCAUCUCUUGCACGAGAUGUGAUGGAGAAUGCACUUAUCGAUUUGAAUCCUGUUGAUAAUGAGAAUUUUGCCCCAUCUAGUGUGAAUUCAAAGGACACUCAAAGGGAAUUCAUGCAACACCACAAGAAGAGAAAACGUCCUUCAGUUCCCACUUCCCUGCAACAGCAGCAGGAGAGGCAUGGGUCAGGGGACGUUGACAACAUCAUUAUGUCGACUCCAGUCCCUUUGAGGAUAGCUGCGCUUGAGGCUUUGGAGACCCUUCUUACCCUGGCUGGUGCUUUGAGAUCUGAAGAAGGGUGGCGUGGAAAAAUUGAACAACUUUUAGCAACGGCUGCAACAUCUUCUUUUGAUUGGCCACGGGCUUCAGACAACGGUUCUUUCCAAACUGAUGAAUCUAUUGAGGUUUGGACAGAUUAUCAGCUGGCAGCAUUUCGCACGCUGCUAGCUUCAUUUUUGUCCGCCGUCCAUGUACGCCCGCUGGCUUUGGCUCAAGGUCUCGAGCUUUUCCGUCGAGGUAAACAAGAAUCCGGAACUAAACUAGCUGAAUUCUGCGCUCAUGCUCUUUUAGCCAUGGAGGUCCUAAUACAUCCGAGGGUACUUCCCCUGUCGGAUUUCUUGCCGGUGCAUUUGAGCUCUUCUGAACGACAAUCUACCUAUAAAUUCGAGGAGAAUAUGUUCUUUGAUGGUCUGAAUUCUAGCAAAGUGUUGAAGAUUGACACAAUGCAGGGCGUGGAGCAGAGUGCCCCUGAUUUAGAUGACGAUUUCUUGUUCAAUAACGAGGUUGCAGAUGAUAUCGAAGAGGCUCCAAUUAGAGAGGCUGGUAAUGAGAUAAAUGAUGGUGAAACGACGUACAACACCUCUAAUGACUCCAGCAAAGAGGCCUCUGUCCUUGGUCCGUCGAGCACAGAGACACCUAAGAGGAGCGAGCAGGAGACUGCAGCAGCCAUAACAGAUGUAGGGGUUGUAGAGAAAGAUGAUGCCUUUGGUAAUGCAAGUAUAAAUGAUUCUCCCAUGUCUCCAAAGUCUGAUAAAACUGAUGAUUUCGAAAGGGAUCGGGGCUCGAAUUUAUUGCUAGAAGACGAUUUCCCCGAUAUCAUCGAUGCAGAUCCAGAUACAGACUAUGAAGAGUGAAAAAGGUACUGGCAUUCUUAAAUCAAUUUUGUAGAGAUGAGAAUGUUUCAGUUCAAGAUAAAUUAUUUUUGUUCUAAUACAUGUCACCAUAGUUUAAGCUUAUUUAGGAUGACUAUGUAUAUUAAGGUUGAAGUUCAAAAAAUUACAAAACCUUAGGAUCUGUCAGUGUCAAUUUUUGGUUACAGAAUGAAAUUCAGUUACCAAGUCUAACAAAUUGCUAAAGCUUAGGAUCUGCCAGUGUCAUUUUUGGCCAUGUAAUGAAAUUUAGUUACCAAAUUUAUUUAAUUGUUUUAA